AUGGGCACGGGGGGUGGGGGGGUUGGGGAAUUUCCACCCCAACGCCUACCGUUUUUUCCCCAGGCCCGUGUUCGCUUUGUAAGCCAGGGGGGGGAGAGGCUCACGGGGCUGGGCGGGGGACACCCCCCACCCACAGAAGGGGUGGGGGGUGGGGGGUGGGGGGGGGGGGGUGGUGGGGUGUACAAAACGGUUUGUUACCAAGGAACCACAGAGAGUGGGGGGACCACCAGGAUACUUACCAGGGGGAACCCCCCCACAAGAGGGGGGAGUGGGGACAGAGGGGGCCCCCACCCCCCCAAAGGGGGGCCACACCUCGUUACCAGUGGGGGGGGGGGGAAACAGAAAAAGCCCCACAAAACCAAGGCCACCUCUCGUACCAGGAAGGGUGGGGUGAUAAGAGGGGGCAAACAGCCCCUUGUUUUUAACAGUGGGGGGGGGGGGGGGGGGGGGAAAACAGGAAGCCCAAAAAAAGGGACCCCACCAUCGUUUCGUUUACCGUGGGGGGGGGGGGGGACAGGAAACAACCAACCAUGGCCCCACCCCCUCGUUUUAACAGUGGUGAACAGAGGCUAA